GACGUCACAAACCCAAGACGGGUAUAUAAGGCCACCUCUCCAGCUCUUCGGCACAGGACUUCCAUCUUGGUCAUACAACCAACAACGUCCACAGCUCCAUCAUGAAGACCAUUGCUCUCGUACUCGUUCUUGUGGCAGCAGCCUCGGCUCAACUGGGAGGCGGUAACUUUGGAGGCGGCGCUGGCGGAAACGUAGCCGGUGGUGCCGGUGGUGCCGGUGGUCUUACUGGCGGCCUUGGAGGACUCUUCGGUCCCCCAAGGAACUACGGCCCAAAGGUCUACGGCCCAGGUGCCAACAACCGCUUCGCCCUCCCUCCUAACCCCAUCUUGAUGGAACGCGCCCUGGCCAUCGUCAACCAAGUGCCAGGAGCUCUUAUCUUCCUCGACACCAACGGCGAGAUCAAAUUCACCGAUCGCUUCGGCAGGGAAGCCGACAUCGUGCACCCAAGCGGUAUCGAUCUUUCAGAACUCAUCGAGAACUAAGAUUUCAGAUAAUCUUACUCUCUGAGAUUCUUAACUUCACUUCCUUCCUUCCUUCCACUAUCGUCUUCUAGCUCCUUCUAUCUCGCUAUCCUCUAGAAUCCAUCUCCUAGGGAUCAAAAACUCCUCCUACUACAAUCAUGCUAAGUACCUUCCCUCUCCCUUUUUCUUUGACUUCCUCCUCUUUUCCUGUCUCUUCUUCAUUUCCCGUUUCCAGAUUCCGUUCCCAGAGCACAUAUACUAUAUUCAUAUAUUCUUAGCAUAUAUUUAUAUCCCUUCUCGAGUACUGUAGAUCUGUAUCGCUUAGCCUCGAGUACCUCCUUCCCUGUUCCUCCGCCUUCGGCAGCCAUCAAGCGCUUGUCGAGAUCUGUUGGCUUCCAGCGACCAAGCAAUAGCCCUCGCACAGACUACUGAGCUGUUGGGAGUUUAUGGCUCUGCGGCCCGCAGCCGCUGUCAACCAGCGGCGGUCGGGUCGCGGGCGCCAGAUUCUAUACCCGACUGGCAGAGUCGUUAUUAGUUAGGGAGUUUUGGUUGUCCUGUAUUUAUGAUUAAAAUUUCAAAUUUAAGGAAUUGCGUCAACUCCAGCCACGCUGGGGCUAAGUAAUUCUAGCAGGAAUCGAACUAUACGACGUACAUCAAAUGUAAUGUAAAUAAAAAUAUACCUAUA